AUGACGAAGCAAAUAGUACUUCGAGCACCAUCAUUUGCCCGACGAAGACAACCACUAUUAUCCGGACAGGACACGUCAUCACGAGGUGGGGUCCGCAAAGCGCGAUUUGCAGAGGUCGCCGGUGGUACGGCGGCGGAGUGCGCCGCCGUAUGUUGUUGUUGUCCAUGUGGUUUAGUUAACCUCCUCGUACUCGCCGUAUACAAACUUCCGGCGGGUCUUUGCCGGAAAGUUCUCCGGCGAAAACGCCGGCGACGGAUAAUCAAGAAAGGCAUUUUAGAAAAAGACGAAUUCGAGCUAUCAAUUCAUCCAUUCAACGACGGUGGUGGUGGCAGUGGCGGCGCCACCACAUUGACGGCGGUUUACAGCGGAACUAGCUUGAAGUCAGAUAAGGAUGUGGUGGCAUUAGAGAAGGAAAUGUGGAGUAAAUUUCAUGGAGCUGGAUUUUGGAGAAGCCCCUCUCAAAGGAGUGAUAUGUAA